CAUGCUACUACACUUUAUGGUGUCUAUUUCCAUAUGUGCUGGUGCGUUCUGCGCAGCUUGCUUAUGGCACAUCCGUUCCCCGCCACCAUUUCUUCGUCUGCACUGCUGCUGCUGAUUUCGUCGUGGUGGGGGGUGUGCAUGCACAACAACAACAACAGCAACAGCAACACACAUACACUGCACUGCACUGCACUGCACUGGCUUGCCUCAACCCGACCCACGCUUGCGCAGCGUACACGCGGUCUAGCGAGACACCCCCGCGCGCAGAACUGCUUUCAACAAAAACCGCAACCAAAGCAGCGAAGCAACAAGUCAAACACACACUCCCAAGCUAAACAACAACGACACUCGCAGCACAAGAUCAAGGAAUCAUCGCUGCCACGACAAAAUAACAAUCGUGCAAUCGAUCGUGUCUCACGUCCGUCCAUUUUCUUCAACCACGACGGCGAUCACACACUCACUCGUCCACCACAACCGCGCCUUCUGACUCAGCAACGACAGCCACCAACAGCAACACCAUGACUGACCACGAUCAAGGUUCCCCCUCCAUGUCCACCGCCAUGGAGGCCACCCCGACGAUGCAGAUGCAGACCAAGCCCUGCGCUCAAGACAUGCGUGCAAGCAUGAUGAAGCCAUCCCAGGCGACUUCCUCGUCCCCCAGCAGCAGCAGCGGUGCACGAGUGGAGAAGGAGUCCCGCACCUGGGAUGAGAUGCUCCAGGACCUGAGAACGGCGCUGGAUGAAGACAGCGUGUCCGUUGAACACAUCCACAGCAUCCUUAACUCGUACAAGUCCCGAACGGAGGACUGGAAGCAGUUUGCCCACUUUGACGACCACUGCUACACGAGGAAUCUCGUGGACAGCGGCAACGGCAAAUACAACCUCAUGCUCCUUUGCUGGGACAUGGGGCAAGCAAGUUCCAUCCACGACCACGCGGGGUCGCAUUGCUUCAUGAAGAUCCUUGACGGCAACCUCGUGGAGGAACUCUUUGGCCCGCCACACGACCUCAAGGAGGGAGAGACGCUUUCACCGCUCGUGGAGGCAGCUCAUGAUCGCGAUGGUGUCCUCUAUAUCAGCGAUAAGAUUGGCACACACCGCGUGUCAAACACAAGCCAUAGCCGACGCGCCGUCAGCCUGCACCUCUACUCCCCGCCAUACUCGGAGUGUCACUGCUUUGAUGAGCGCACGGGUACCAAGAGCACCUCUGGCUGCAUCUCCUUCUACAGUGAAUACGGCGAAGUUUGCUGCGACGAUUGGAAAAGUGGUGUUGCUGCCAAAUCUGCAGACUACUGCUAAACAAACUACGUGCAAACACACUCUGUGUGUCGGCCACGACUAAUCACUCCCGUUAAAACUGAUGCCAUGACCCUCUUCGUGUGUAGCUGCCUGCCUGUCUCCUUCUCCUCCUUUGUUAAUGGUGCUGCCGUGAUGUGUGAUGUGUGUGGUCUUGUCUCUUUGUUGUUUUGUUGCUUCAUUGAAGUCCUGUCUACAAAUCAUGGUGGUCGCUGACAAACAAACAAGCCAACAACAACAUGCGCCGCCAUCCACGUUGUCGCCCGUUUCUUCGUUCAUUGCUGACUUUUGUUGGAUAUCUUUCAAUAAACAUCUGC